AUGACUGUAGAUGAUCAAGCCCGCGACAAUGGCGAUGAUUCACAGAACAGUCAAUCUCAACCGACAGCCUUAUCAGGUGCAGCGACUCGCAGAGUUCCCAAUAAGCUAAAGCACGUGGAUAGCCACGUGCAAGAGGGCGAGACAUCUAGCGAGACGUCAACAAAAGAUGCACGUCUGUCCUCACGAGGAACACGACCUCGAAAUUCCAGCAUGAAAAACAAAUCGUCAGACUCAAAACCUGAAUCAGCCGACAGUGCUGCAAAGUUACCAGCGAUGGAUUCAGCCCAGGAUUCUAAGAAGAUAACUCCAAUCAAUAACUCCAACCAAUUCCGUUUCGCUGCUCCGCCAAAUCAAUCCAGGAAGGCCAUUCAACUACUUGGCAAUGUGUUUGGGACUCUCAAAAGACCGAUGUACUUGAUCAUCUACUAUGCUGUCGUCUGCGGAAUUAUUGGUCUUGCGGCCAUCUUCAUCAUCGGGUUCACCCUCUCAAUCGCCAAGUCAACCGCAUGCGCACCGCCCAUUUUGAGACGCACGCUGCCAUUCUGCGAGCCUUUGAUCAGACCCACCAGUCAUGUUGAAUUCCAAAAGCUGGGUAAUCUGCAAAACAUGCUCGAGGAGAUCCAAGAGGCUAGCGUGGGAGGAGUGACGCUGCCGUUGUUGAUGAAAAGAGGUGAGAAUGCUGUUCGAGAAGUGGCUGUGAACGUGGAGUUGAGCAAUUUGCCAUCCAAGAAUGAAAUCAGCAAGACACUCCGCGAGUUUCAAAAGAGAGCACACACAGCUGGCGAUGAUCUCCGCACGUUCAAUUCACAUCUCGACCGCACCAUGGACUCUAUCAUCUCGACCAACGAAUGGACUGUCCGUACACUCGGAGACAUCGCUCGGGAGGAGGAUGUCGAGAACAACAAUGGCGCUCUGACAUCGUUUGUCAAUAAAGGUCUCUCAAUAUUUGAAGGACCAAAACCUUCAACUGAAGAAGCCGUAGCGCUGCAGUAUAUCCGGCAUCUCUCGCAAGUCAAGGACGACAUCGACGUCCUCAUUACUGAAGCUGGUCUCUCGGUCAUGAACCUCGAAGCACUCGAGAACUUACUUUGGAGCGUGACUAGGAUGGGGAAAAACGACGGGAACCACAUCACGAAGAGCAAGACCAAAGCUUCGAAGAAACUCUCUGCGAUCUUCGGACUCAACUGGGAUGAGAUUGAAGGAUUGGAGGAGCAGAGUGUGGUCGUCUUGCAGCUGUUGGAGCAGAAGGAUGUCGCUUUGGCAAGAGUCACAGGAAUGCUGGAGCACUUGAAAGAGAUCAGUGCGGGGCUGGGAGAUCUCAGAGAGCGGGUUGCGGUGCCGGGACAACCUCAGGCGCAGAAGGUGCCAUUGUUGGUGCAGAUUGAUACUAUUAAUCGUGGACUUCAAAGGUUGGAGAAGGGAAGAGAGAGGACGAGACAGAAGAAGGAUAGGUAUUUGAAGGAGAUUAGAGAUCAGAUUCGUUGA